AUGAGACACAAUAUCCCAGUCUAUUUACUAGCUGACCUAAAUGCAACUCACCCGGUCCUGGGCCACAAUAGCACAAAUCCCAGAGGCACCUUAAUUCAAGGUCUUAUGAAAAGGAAUCUAGUUUACUUUCUAGGACCAGAUUUUCAAACAUACUUCAGCAGAAGAUCCAAGGGCAAACCUGACAUCCUUCUGUCUAACAGAUACCACAUUUUCAAUUAUUCAAUCACUCAGGGUCCUUUAACUACCUCAGAUCACAUACCUAUAUUAUUAAAACUUACUGUGAGACCUAUUAUGGUAGCCACCAGCCCAACACUCGAUUUGACCAAUGCCAACUGGGACCGUUUCAAGGAUAUUCUCGAUGACUCUCUCUCCAACUAUGACGAACCUGAUAACAUCAGAAAGGAUAAAUCCUACAUCGAUGAUAAAAUAACUUUUUGGUACAGGAUGAUCAAAGAAGCCACAGAACUUUGUAUAUCCCUCAAAACUUUCAGGAUCUUACCAUAUUCUAAAGAAACAGAGAAUCUUAAACAAUUACAAUUUUACUAUAAACAAGCCCUAGUUUUAAUUAAUAAUCAUGGCCCAACACAGCAGCUAUUAGAAUACUUACAAAAUAUUAAAGAAAGAAUUAAAAUAGAAGCUAAGGAACUCAUAAAUUCGACUUGGGAGACACUUCUAAAUAAAAUCGAAGGAAUCUACAGAGACCCAGGAAAGUUCUGGAAAAUGAUCAGAAGGCUUCUGGAUUCAGAUACUGAACCUACAGCUUACAUACUCCAUAACAACAGGAAGAUCUUUUCACCCCACCCGGAUCAGGAACCAAUUUUCAGAGAAUACUGGUCUAAUAUCUUCAAAAUAAACCCAUGGAUAAGGUUUAAUGAGUUCCUCGAAGAUAAUCUACUAACCAAUAAUAACCAAUAUGGGUUUACUCAAGGCAAAGGAACUCAGCUAGCAUUAUCUAGACUAUAUGAGUUCAUAGCAGUCAAGAAAAGUUUAGGAUACGGCUGCAACCUUAUCUCUAGGGAUGUCAGUCGAGCCUUCGAUAAAGUCUGGCAUGACGGUCUAAAAUACAAACUUUUGGAGGCGCAAUUGCCAGAUUUACCAACCAGACUGCUAUGUAACUUUCUUGACAACCGUGUGGCAAGAAUUAAAAUUAAAGACUUCAUAGGACCAGAGUUCCAGUUACAGUCAGGGGUUCCUCAAGGUAGCAUUCUCUCCCCAUCACUCUACAACUUUUACAUUAAAGACACCCCUCCUCCAUCUCAAGGUUGCCUUCAAAUUAUGUUUGCAGAUGAUCACACCCAAGUAAUUACAUAUCCUACCAAAGCCAAAUGUAUGCUGCAAAGAAAGACUGUUAGAGAAAUACAGAAAAUCAAUAACUACGAAAAGAAAUGGAAGGUAACUACAAAUAUGAAUAAAUUCCAGCUCCUCUCAAUUUCUGCUCGACGUCCCAUGGAUAUCAUAGUCAACAAUAGGAGAAUUCCAUAUAACCAACAAGUCACAAUUCUUGGGUGCAAAUUUAAAAAAUCAGGCAUUCUUCCCAAUGUACAGGCGAGAAUAGCUACCGCGAGGAAAACUGUCAGUAGAUUAAAAAGAUUCAGAGGACUUUCGGCAAAAACUCAACUCAAACUAUACAAAUCACUAGCCAGGCCACAGCUAGAAUACCCAGCCAUCAUAUUUGGAGCACUUAGUAAAACAGUACUUAGUAAAAUGCUAGCAGUUCAGAAUAAAGCUCUGAGGCAAGCAUAUAGGGAAAGUCCCCCCUACUUCAACACAAUAAGGGAGUUGCAUAAUCACUCAAAAUUGGAGCCUCUGAAUGUCAGGUUCCAUAGACUUGGGCAGAAAACUUGGGAUACAUUAAGUUUAGAGGACGAAAACUUAUUCACAACCACUAGAGAUCUCACCAUCAACCAAGUCAGAGAUCACUACUGGUGGAGUAGACUUGGAGCCAAAGGUCAAUUGUGA